UGUGCCUGCGUGUUUCCCUCUGCUCGCCUGCCUGCGCAUAUUCCCAUGUUUGCAGUGCUGCAUAUAUGUACGAGUGUGAUUUUGGCGUUCAGCAGUAGUGACAUGAGAAGAAGGGGGAGGGGAGAGGACACAGAGGCCAAAAGAAUAAACGGAUAUAAAGAAAAAACACAACGAAAAGGACGAGAAGAGGAAUCAGAGCAGAAGGAGGACAGAUGCUGAGCACAGAGUGAGGAGGAGGAGGAGGAGGAGAUCUGCCAGGGGAAACAGCAGCGUCGUCGAUUUUCUCUGGAGCUGCAAGGAGGCGGCCAUCCUCCUCUGUUGCCGUGACGAUGGGCUGCUGGCUCUCUGGACCCUGGAUGGGCGAUCAAACGUUAAAUGGGCGAAGCCUCGCACACCUGAGCCAGCGGGAUGCUCUGCGGAUUCUGGCAGCCAGUCAGCGUCCAAUCACCAUGCAGAUAAAGAGUCAGAGGGGGCGUGGGAAUGAUACAGAUCGGAGCACCUGGGAGGCCCUCCCCCUUAACCUGCAGCACCUGAAUCUACCACUCCCACUGAUGGGGGCGGGGCUUGGUGCCUCCAGCCCCUCCUACCAGGACAGACAUUAUUACAACCAUCUGUCUCUGCCACAAGACCACUGUGACGGACGCUACAGCUUCCUGUCCAGCUCCCCCCGGGACACAGUGGACAUCAGCCACCAGGAUCCAGAACUGACUGGUCGUCGUCCAAAGGAGCAGAACUGCCUAAUGGGAUGCUGCAACACCAACUUAGAAGAACCCAACGGCUGCCACAGUCAGACGGAUGACGAUGACUUCAUGCUGGAGAAGCCGCUGGGUUUCCUUCCCCUCCACCAUGAGUUGGAUAGUGGUCUGGGCUGGACUGAUGGAUCCCUCCACCAGGGGGACCUCUCUGGUCUGGAGACUGAAGAGGGAGGCCUGGAGGACUGCCACCCCCAUGGGGCCCUGGUCCCUGGAGGCUGCGGGGGUCUAGGAGGUGGAGGCUCUCCUUCGUCUGAGUCCUUCAUAUCGUCGGAGCUCAGCGACUCUGGUUUCUACAGUGUGAGCACCGGGGAGUUCAGGCACUUCCAGAGGCUGCUGGAGAAGCGGAUGCGGCUGUACAACGCCCGGCUGCAACAUCAACACCAGCACCAGCAUCAGGCUGAGCCCUGUGAGAGGCGGGAACGCCGUGACAGCUGUCCAAAAAGCCACCGCGAGCUGCUGGAGGCCAUCCCUGAGACACUCACCAUGCAGCCGCCGUGUCCACGUCUGCAGCACGAACAUGGUAUGGAGGAGGCGGACCACGGCCCCGUCAUGGAUCUGCCACCGCGAGGACUGUUCAGGGUAUCAUCGGUCCAGUUCCACAAAGCCGACCGCCCUUGUCUGAACCGUCACAGCUCCAGCAGCGGCGCCCUCUUUAACCCCUCCCACACUCAUGCUGCUGUCUCCCGAAUGACGGCACCGGUCCUGUCCACCUGCAGUACCCCGUCCAGCCACCGAAGGCCACUGGUUCCCAUACAACAGCAGCACCACCAGGCCUCAGGCUCAAUGGGGAUGUUGAGGAGGAGCCGAACACUGCACCAUCGGCCCCCGCCUCAGGAGUACCGCCGCAGGGCCAGUCAUCCCGCGUCGCCCUCCUACUGCGCUGCCACCCUGCACUACUGCGGAGGAAUCGCUCCUCAUAACAUCCUGCCACCAGGUCUACCAGAAGAGACGGAGCUGGGGCCAGGGGUGAUGCAUCUGUCACCACAGCAACACCCUAAUGGUCUGGGCCACAUCAGGGCCAGCAGCAGCCACGAACGAUUCUACGACAACUCCAACAGCCAGCACACUCACCACGACUGGUGGCACUCGCAGGAAAGAAACCGGAUACCUGAUGCACUGGUGAACGAACGGGACCGGGAGCUGGAGAGGGAUCUGGAACAGAAGAGACUCAUCCAGAAGGAGGAGCUGGAGAGGGAGGUCCAGAUCCAGGAGGAGAUGGAGCGGGAGAGCCGAGCCAGAGAACAGCAGCGUCUGCAAAGCCACAUCCACCCUCCCCCUCCUCCAACCCUGGGCGACGUCAAUGAUACCUGGCCUAAACCAGCCAGUCGCCAGUCCCAGGGUGGAGGGGGAGGAGGGGGUACCUACAGCACCCUGGAGGGUCACAUAGGCACUGGUUCGUCAGUUGGAUGGGAAGCAAAGAAAGGACACGUGAAUACCAGUUCCAGCCCUAAUCCUAAUCUCACUCCGAACUCCAGUAUUCAGCCAAAACUGAACCCCAUGUCCAGACCCAGCACCACAUCCAGGAUCUCCAGGAACCAGCUGCUCAGAGACCGUGCAUCUCAGCUGGCAGACGAACGCAGCGGGAUGAGCACUGAUGAGGAAACCAGCACCGAUAUGCUAAUGGGUCGCUACUGGAGCCGCACUGAGAGGAGGGAGCACUUUCUGUUGGCCCGUGAGCAGAGGCAGCAGCAGCAGAUGGCCAGAGGAACAGCUACAAUACGGGAGGCUGUGGCCAGGGGAGGAGCCACCACUACUGCUGCCAUGGGGGGCGGAGCCUCUGUGGGUGAUGGCAAUGGGUUGGACAGCAGAUCAUUCACUGAAGGCCGUUGCAACACGGUGCUAGAGCUGAGCCAGAGGAAGUUGAGCCGCCUGAGGAACCGGAAGCUGCUGGACGACUGGACAACAGUGGAGGAGCUGUUGACCCAUGGGACCAGACUGGACAGCCAUGAGGACAUGCUGUGUCCCAGCUCGCUGCUGACCGUCACUACCGUCUAAUUGCACCAACUCCAUGGAGAAACCUGCAACCGAAGGCAACGUGUCAAGAAAUCCUGCUGCAGACGUCAGUUUCAUCUCUGUGGAUCUACUACAGAUGCAGGUCUACCAUGGGUUAAAGAGUCAUAACAGUGGGUCUGCAACCGGUGAUUAUUUUCAUUGUUGAUCAGUCAGUUAAGCAGUUGGUCUAUAGAAUUAACAAAGUGAUGACAAGCUUUUUCUCUCAAACCCAAGAUGUCAUCCUCAAAUGUCUUUUUUAGUCCAGAACCCAAAUAUGCCGUUUACUGUCACAGAAGAUGAAACAACUGUUAGGAAUGAGGUUUGAGGACAAAAUGAAACAAGAAUCAUACUGUAAUUUCACUUUCUCCAUUUCUUUACAAAUUUCCUCUUUGGAGCAAAUGACACUGCAGUUUUCCAUAAAGAAUGAGAUAUGGGCCGGUCUUUGUACUGGACUCACAGAGAUGAAACUGGGAAAGACAGAAGAGGAUUUUAUAAAGUGUUGUUUUAUCCAAUGUGUGUGUGACUGGAAACCUCACCAUCAUCGCUGUACUUCACCUCAACUGAUAGCUUUAUGUGUGUGUGUCACCACUGUACAGCACUGGACUAAAUAUGUCGGUGCAUGAUGAGUGUUCGCAUUAUGUGUCUCACGCCACAUUUUAAGGUACAUUUACUUCAUCCGAUCUUUGACUAGAGGAUAAAAACCUGGGGGGCAAUAUUGUCCAGGCUGUGCACUAUCAAUCGAUCGCAUGACUGCUUUCACAUCAGGGCCACAGAACACAGAAACUGUAGCAAUGCAGACAAAGAGACCAGGGUACAGACUACAUCCUGGACCGUUUUUAUAGAUACUCUGUUUACAGUGAAAACACUCAUCAGUGGGAGGGUUUGGAACUAGAUGGAGAAAAAUGAGAUCUGGUUAAUCGUUUGUGCAACGCUCACCAAACUGUUGGACAGGAACAGGAAGCAAUGAGCUGUGAAGGAUGUCAGAAAAAAACACAGCAUAAGAAACCGAGUAGAAAACCUCCAUAGUAGCAGUCUGAGUUUUUGUUACCUCAUAAUGCUGUAAAUCUGACAUGAAAUUAGAUAACUAAGGCUACAUUUACACGUAGCCAGUAUCUUUCAAAACAUAGAUUCUUCUCUGUGUUUGUGCCUAUUGUUUACACAACAACGAUGGUCACACCCACCCACCGAAAACAAUGGUUUCUAAAACUUAAAAUUCACCAAAUUCAGACUUGUGAACUCUGCAAAUUUGGUCUUGGUAAGAACAGCUCCAGAAAAUAGACUUCCUCAAAACACAAGUCUCUGUUACUGGAAUGGCUGCUUGGUAACUUUCCUCCCUGGUUCUGCUGUAUUUCUGAUAUUGGCUCCCUGAUGUCAUUAAUGACAGGUUAGCUUUGUCGUUACAAAAGUUAUAAAAGGUUUGCUUUGACAUUUAAUGUUAACGUGAAGGUUGAACUGUCAAGGGAUUUUUAUAAUUAUUUAGUUGUUUGUUUUUGGGAGACUGCCCGUUUUGUGAUCAUUUAUCUUUUCUAAAACAUAUACUGACUUCUAUAAAACGACUACAAUCACCAAAAAGUAUUUCCUUGAAGUAAAAACGAGCAGUUGUGGGUAAUCUCCAAUGCAGUCGUCACAGAAGCCACCAUUGUCUUUGAGAGUAAGUUGACAGUAGCAUGAAAUGCAUCUUGGGAUAUUUUCCACACGAGUCACCAACCAGUCUGUCCUUGGUUUAACAGAUGAGACAAGAGCAAUAUUCGGGAAUUCCAUCCUAUCUUGGUUUGUGCAAGCUUUUAAAUGGAACAGAACUUAGACCUCAACUGAUGUUGUUUCACGAGAUUGUGAGAACAGAACAGACAAGAACGUGUAAUGAGAAAUGUCGUUUGUCUUGUUAAACCAAUGAAGAAAGACUAGGACAGUUUUAUGUUGAGUCAGUUGUAGAAAAAGGCAAAUGGAAGAUGAUGAGUUGAACAUCGGAAACUUAUGAAUGUUUUUAUCGGCUAAAGUUUUCCAGUUUGAUGCAGUGUUUCAUAUAUUAGUGUACGAUGGAGAAGUUGACCGACACAAGAAAAAAAACACCAGAAGUUGACGUUAGAAUCGAAUUGUUGGUUUGGAACCCAUAACUUCUUCAUUUAUCAAAUGGCCGUAUUCAGUAUCUCCUUAUGGGGUCCACACAAACACAGAAAUAAUUCCUGAAUUUCUUUUUACAGUCCCCUACUACAGUAUUUACCCUGUAACUAUGUGGUAAAUUAUGGUAUAUUGGUUUGUAGUUACCACUCUGUAAUCAAGUAGGUAAAUACAGUGAAACUACAGCUGAAAUACUACUUGAAGUGAAGAUACAUUGCUGACUGGAACCAUAACUUAAGACGAUUCCUUAACCAGAAGGUAUGUGAUUAUAUCAGAGUUAUUAACAAUGAUCAUAACUUCACUAACCUUGGUUAACUUGUUCUUUAUGUUAUUUACCAGUGGUAAUAAGCAAUAAAUCACCACAUAGUUAUUUUAUGGGGCUGUAAAAGGAGCAUUUAGCAUCUAUUUCCAUUACACAUUUCCAUUUUAUCCAUACACCAACUUCACCUCUCCCAAAGCAGACAUUUGACCAGUUUCUGAAAUUUUUCUCAUUUUCACCCCUUUAAUUCCACAAAUUGAAAAGGCAAAUAAAAGCAGGUGGAUUGAAACCCACCUAGUAGUAGGUUUAAGGAAUGAUGACUUGUUAUUCCUCCAGUUUCAGCGUCACUUUUUCUCUUGUCAACACUAGAUCUUCAAAAAUCAGCUACUGUUGAGACUUUUUUGGUGUACGGUCAGGUGGAUUUCAUUGUUAUUGCACAUAAAGCAUCAGAAACAUCGAUCUGAAGUUGUCUGCGAACAUCUUGGUUGUAACGUUGGACUUUAUUUGGAAACAUUCAGACUCUUUGUCCUUCGUAGUUCAUUGUUUCCUGUUCCUGUUUCUUGGAUGUUUACAGAUCAACCUGCCAGGAAACUGCUCGUACACGUUCACCAAGACCAAUAGAAAACACCUCAAGUCAAAUUUAUCCAGAGUCCAAAUAGACUGAUCCCAAAUCAGCGUUUAUGACAUUCCACUAAGAGUUGGUAGAGCUGAGAUCUGCUGAUUCCAGGUCUGCAGUUCGGGAUAAUGUGCAAUAAUACCUCAAGCUAGUUUUAUUACGACGAUGACGUCAGGUUUCCAACGAAUACAGUUUUAAUUCCAACUGAUGCACAAACAGUGACGAGUCACCACAAGUGCACAGUAAUCGUAAAAACACCAAGAGCAAAGGUUAUUAUGUACAUAUUUAUUAUAUUAUCUCUUCACUCUGUUUUCCACCAGAGGGACCUGUGAAAACAACUUUUUGCACAUCGUUUUUUAUAUGAACCUUUGAGUAACGGGACAAGGCCAGUGGAACGACUGUAGAUAGAAUGACAGUGUGUUGAUGUUUUCUUUAUAAACUAUCCUAGUGAUUUAUGGAGGAAAAAAAAAAUCAGUUUAUUGUCAUUGUGUUGGACAUAUUUCAGUAUUUUUCUUGUGAUGGUUACAAACAAAUGUGAACAGUUUUUAUGCUCAAAGAAAUUUCUUUAACAGCUGGUAAUGCUUUGGUUGACCAUUCUGAAAGAGUGAACACAAAAUGUGAAUAUUAUUAUCUGUUGAAAUGGCUAAAUUGAAUUUUACUGUUGUUUUGUGUCAUUAUGACAUGUAUAUAUUGAUUUUGUCAGGAGGUAUAGGUUCUGUAGACGUGUUUCAGAGGUUGUACAUACAGCAGAGAUUAUCAUUGUGUAGAACUUUACACUCACAGCACCAGAAGGGUCACAGACACUGAUACAAAGCAGAAAUUUAACAUCCGUUUGUUCGUCUUCACCAGUCAAAGAUGAUAAAAUACCAGAUCCAACAAAUGAGAAACAGUCACAUCCAAUGUCGGCAACUGUAAAACCUUAUGACACUGGAGGCCUGACAUACCUAGUAGACACAAAAUACCACAACAGUAUGAAUAUGGAAACCACUAAUUAAAGUUUUUUUUAUUGUUAUUAUUUAGCCACUUAAUGUGUGCUAAUGUUUAAUAUAUGCCACUUGGUCAUCUGGAAAAAGUCAUUUUCAAAAUUAAAUCAGUAAUGCAAUGUAAUGUAAAACAUGUACAUUGACGAUACAGAGAUUUAUAUGUAACUCAAACUUAAUUUCUAUAUUUAUUUUUAAUGUUUUUAAAUAUGUAUUUAAAUGAAACUAGUGUCUGACAGCAGAAAGAUAAAAAAAAAUAGUACAACAUAGUGUCUCUAUUUAUUUUAUGUUGGUUAUUUUUAAAAUUUUAAGCCAAAAUCUAUUUGUGUUACUUAUGUGUAAACUAAAUGAGGUCUUUAGAAAUUAGAGAAGGACAGGUAAAACACAAUUUUCCGAGAGCUACAUUCAUCUAUAACAAAUUUGAUGAAUAAAAUUCCUUAAUUUCCUCCAAGUUAAGUUGCUAACUAAUGUUAGCUUGCUAAGUAGACCACUGUUAGCAAUGACAAAAUGUAUCUUUAGACAAAAAUUACUAGUGUUUCUUUAACAUGUUAUUCAAUAUUUUUUCAGCCUCAAAUAUUACACUAUGACCUGACUUUAAGUUAUCAUAUAAUUAAGUAACUAAAAGUUAAUACUCAACUACUGAGAACACCAUCAUUAGUAAACAAAGAAAAGCAUGUCUUGCUAACUUACUGGUGUUUCUGUUAUGUUGUAAAGCAUUUUCAACUGAUUUAAGGAUAAAAAUUUAAGUAGAAUUAAUAUUCAACUUUCCGACAUUAGCUAGCUCAUGCACACCUUUUAGCAAACAAAGAAAAUGAGUCUCUGUGUUUAAGCUAACAGUGCUAGCAUUUCACUUUUAUGUGAAAUACAGUAUUUUCUUAGAAUUCUUAGUCUUUACAGUUAAAGCCUGUAAUGUUGGUAAAAAAAAAAAAAACACAAAACACAAAGAUGAUAAAUAUACUAAAUUUUUUUCUCAUUAAGUUAGGCAAUGAACACUUUGAGGUUGAAACACUGAUAAACACUGGUAAUGUUGGUUUAUUGACGUGUUUUCCUGUUUGCUAACAGUCAUGUGCUAUGCUAGCUAAUGUUACUAAGCAUUGUAUGCUGAAAUUUUGUUUAUCAACUUAAACCUAUAAUGUGAAUGUAGUUCUCAAAUACAUUUUCAAGUUUUUUCUGUUAACUUCCCAGGGAUAUUUCAGAGCUAUUACUACAGAACUUGGUUUUAUCUCACUGAUAUCAACAAAUGCCCUUUGGUGUUGUCAAACGUUGUACCAGAGGAUUAAAUAUUUUGUAUUUUGGGAGAACAUUAACAUAUACAAGAUUUGCACUGGGUAAAUAUAGUACAUGAAAUUUAUUUAACAAAAUAAGCAUUAAGCACUUUAAAUUUCUGAUUAGUAAAGAGGAUUUAAGCUAAUGACAGCGUCACAUUCAUGAUCCAAACUGAGAUGGUGUCUGUGGAUCCAUAUUUGACUGUUCUGGUUCUGUUAGGAAAUCACAAUGUGCUGACUGAUUGGAAAUAACAUCUAAUUAUCAUCCAUUUGGCCAAAUCUAGUGAUGCCAUGUUGAACCAAAAGCUUCAAUAACCAGAGGACAAAGGAUUUAGAAAAGGGUUAAAUGUCUUUCCAGCUGCUUAGAAUCUGAUUUACAUGUUUUACCUCGAUUCAUGACAUGUAAAAACAGAAAUCUAAAGCUUUACACGUCUGUUAGUGGACACUGAAUUGUUCUAUCACAAAAUUAAUAUCUCAUGACGAGUAAUUUGUGUCUAUUUUAACUAUUACCAACCAGUUUCUGCUCAAUAUGAGACCUAUUUGUCUAUAUUUGGUUGGAAUGAGGCGAACAGUUUCACAUUCCUUCCAUUUUUCGCAGCAGAGCUGAUAAAUCUGACUAAGGACGAGGACGGGAAGAUUUAGUGAAAGUGUUCCUUUAAAACCUGUCCUCUCUCUGCUGUGACUCAAACAGUCUGAAUAAUGGAUGACGAUGAGAGGUUUUAUUUUUUCUCGCCACCCGCCCCCUCCUUCACUCUCUUUGCUUACGUUACACAAGGACACACACAGAGCUGAAAAUAGCGCUGCCGUCCUCAUGUGAUGUGAAUUAAAAGCACACGCUGCUGCUGCUGCUGCUGUUGGAACUGGUCCGACUCCAUCUGCUGACCCUCGUCCAAAUGCACACAACACUUUUCACUACAGUGAGCUUUUUGGAUAUGACCAUGUACAUGUGAUUGUAAUAAAGAGAUUUUAAUUAGCUAUGA